CCGCCGCCCCUUCCUUCCAUUUCUCCUCUGCUGUCAGUCGCCUCGUCCCCCGGUCUCUGCGGAUCUGUAACGAGAGCGUCGUGGUUUGAGCAUCCUAAAAGAUCGCUUCCUGUGGAAUUUUAGGGUUCUUUUCACGGUUCGAGGUAGAAGAAAUCAGCAAGAGCGAUGGCGUCUCGUUUCUGGACGCAGGGCGGUGACAGUGACACCGAGGAGGAGGAGGAGAACAGUGAAUAUGAGGACGGGAGUGAGACUGAGCAGCCGGCCGGCGAUGGUGCCGGGGCCAACGCCAGAAGCCGUUACCUCCGAGAUAAUGCUAGCGAUAGUGAUGACUCGGACGGGCAGCACCGUGUGGUCAAGUCGGCCCGCGACAAGCGGUUCGAUGAGAUGGCUGCAACUAUCGAUCAGAUGAGGAAUGCUAUGAAGAUCAAUGACUGGGUUAGUCUGCAGGAGAGUUUUGAAAAGAUCAAUAAGCAGCUUGAGAAGGUCAUCCGGGUUACAGAGUCUGAGAAGGUCCCGAACCUUUACAUUAAAGCUUUGGUGAUGCUUGAGGACUUCUUGGCUCAGGCCUUGGCUAAUAAGGAUGCUAAGGACGCUAAAAAGAAGAUGAGCAGUACCAAUGCUAAGGCUCUCAAUUCAAUGAAGCAGAAGCUGAAGAAGAAUAACAAGCAGUACGAGGAGCUGAUAGCAAAGUACCGGGAAAAGCCAGAGAGUGAGGAUGAAGCAGCUGAAGAUAAGGAUGAUGAGGAGGACGAUGAGUCAGGCUCGGAGGUUGAGGAGGAUCUGUCAAAGAUCACAAUGUCUGAUGAAGAGGAUGAGGAAGAGGAAGAUGACGAUGAGCAGGCUGAGGGUGGUGGGACCUGGGAGAAGCAGAUGAGCAGGAAGGAUAAGCUCAUGGACAAGCAGUUCAUGAAAGACCCUAGCAAGAUCACGUGGGAUAUUGUCGACAAGAAGCUUAAAGAGAUUGUGGCAGCCAGGGGUAAAAAAGGAACAGGGAGGGUAGAGCAGGUUGAGCAGCUUACUUUCUUGACUCGUGUUGCCAAAACACCUGCUCAGAAGCUUGAAAUUCUUUUCAGUGUGAUAUCGGCACAAUUUGAUGUCAACCCAAGCUUGCUUGGCCAUAUGCCUGUAGGUGUUUGGAAGAAGUGUGUUGGUAAUAUGCUUCUUGUGCUUGACAUCCUUGAGCAGUAUCCUAAUAUUGUAGUCGAUGACACAGUUGAGCCUGAAGAAAAUGAGACACAGAAAGGUGUAGAUCAUAAGGGAACAAUCCGGGUCUGGGGAAAUUUGGUUGCAUUCCUUGAACGCCUUGAUUCAGAAUUUUUUAAAAGUUUGCAGUGUAUCGAUCCACACACUCGUGAGUAUGUCGAGAGGCUUAGGGAUGAGCCUUUAUUUUUUGUCAUUGCUCAAAAUGUUCAAGAAUACCUUGAAAGGAUUGGAGAUUUUAAGGCAGCUUCUAGGGUAGCACUUCGCCGACUUGAGGUUAUAUAUUAUAAACCUCAGGAGGUCUAUGAUGCAAUGAGGAAAUUGGCAGAGCAGACUGGGACAGAAGCUGGUGGGGAGACGGGAGAUCCAGAUGAAAGUGAUGAGAGUCAGAUGGUGGAGGAAAAUAGGGGCCCACCAGAUUUUGUCCCAAUCCCUGAACUUGUGCCUAGGAGGUCUACAUUUCCAGAAAGUAGUAGAACAUUGGUGGAUGCAUUGGUGUCUCUUAUCUAUAAGUAUGGUGAUGAGAGAACCAAGGCCAGGGCUAUGCUGUGUGAUAUAUAUCACCAUGCUAUAUCUGACGAGUUUCCUGUAGCUCGUGAUCUUCUGUUAAUGAGUCAUUUGCAGGAUGGGAUUCAGCUCAUGGAUAUAUCUUCGCAAAUCCUGUUCAACAGAGUAAUGGCACAACUUGGGCUAUGUGCCUUUAGGGCAGGGUUGAUCCAGGAAGCUCAUGGCUGCCUCUUUGAACUAUAUCAAGGUGGUAGAGUAAAAGAGUUACUGGCUCAGGGCAUGUCACAAAAUCGUUACCAUGAAAAAACUCCUGAGCAGGAAAAGGCUGAGAGGAGAAGGCAGAUGCCUUAUCACAUGCACAUUAACCUUGAGCUCCUUGAAGCGACUCACCUGAUAUGUGCAAUGCUUCUUGAGGUCCCCAACAUGGCUGCUACCACAUAUGAUCCAAAGCGCAAGCCUAUUAGCAAGACAUUCAGGAGGCUUCUUGAAGUGAGUCAGAGGCAGACAUUUGUUGGUCCUCCUGAGAACGUAAGGGACCACGCCAUGGCUGCCACAAGAGCCUUGACCAAGGGAGACUACCAGAAAGCAUUCAAUGUCAUCAACUCUCUUGAUGUCUGGAAGCUCCUUAGAAACCGAGAAAGUGUGCUAGAGAUGGUGAAGUCCAAGAUCAAGGAAGAGGCUUUGCGGACUUACCUCUUUGCAUUCUCGUCCUGCUAUGAUUCAUUGAGUUUGGGCCAGCUUACUUCAAUGUUUGACCUCUCUGAGGUCCAUGUCCAUAGCAUCGCUAGUAAGAUGAUGAUUAUGGAUGAGCUGCAUGCUAGCUGGGACCAACCAACAAAGUGCAUCGUCUUCCACAAUGUGGAGCAAACCAGGCUGCAGGGUCUACUCUUCCAGAUGGCAGAUAAGCUUGUAAUUCUGGCUGAAAACAAUGAGAGGGCAUUUGAGGCGAGGACCGGCGGGGGCCUUGAAGGUCUUCCACCAAGACGUCGAGAGGGUCAGGACUAUACCGGCUCAGCAUCUGGCAGAUGGCAAGACGGCUCUGGUUCUGCCUCGCAAGGUAGGCAAGGUGGUGGCUAUGGAGGACGCGUUGGAUACGGCGGCAGGACAGGGGGUUCUGCACAGGCAACUGGCGGAGGUUAUCAGAGAGAUCGCAGCGGACAGGGCUCACGGGGUGCUGGUGGCUACUACGGGAGUGCUGGGAGGGCAGCUGCGAGAGGUUCGCAGUUGGAAGCUUCUGCAGGCAUGGUCAAUCUCAGCAGAGGUGGUAGAAUUUAGUGCCUGAGACAAUAAAGUAGAUCGAUCCAAAAGAAAGUAAAGCAAGCCCCCCGGUUUUUGGUCAUCAUUUUGCUCCUAUUGCUUGGAAGAUACUCUCAUUGACUGUUAUAUUACCCUACCCAUUAGGUUUCCAUCGAACUAAUAUCUCUUUUUUGAUUCGAUGUACUGUGGAUCGUGAGAACUUAUUAUGACUUGCGUUUUCUUGGUGAAAUUUGUUGUUCAUGUCUGUUCU